UUUGAUAUUUGUGCCACCACAUUCAUUUAAUAACUCCGGAGGGGAUAAACUGUGUUUCUAAGCCAUGUCUAGGUUUAGUGGUGCCUUACAGCUCACCGAUAUAGACGAUUUUAUUACGCCUUCACAGGAAUGCAUUAAACCCGUGCCCAUAAAUAAGGUGAAGUCGAAGACUGGGGCCAAAAUCACUGUUGAGGGAGAUAGCUGUUAUGAGGAAUCUGAGAGUGGAAAGCAAAAACUUGAGAAGGUGGAAAUCACUCUUCAAGACUGCCUGGCUUGCUCAGGGUGCAUCACUUCCGCAGAAGGCGUACUCAUCACACAGCAGAGCCAGGAAGAGCUUCUUAGGGUCCUGCGCGAGAACUCUAAAAAAAAGGUUACCGGGGACUGCGAGAACGUGCUUACCAUCGUGUUCACCGUGGCUAUCCAGCCUUUGCUGAGCCUAGCCCAUCGCUAUCAAAUCUGUGUGGAGGAUGCUGCACGCCAUCUAACAGGCUACUUUCGCAGCUUGGGAGCCGACUAUGUUCUGUGCACCAAAGUAGCGGACGAUUUGGCGCUGCUAGAGUGUCGAGAAGAAUUUUUAGAACGGUACCGUGACAAUGCAAACCUAACCAUGCUAAGCUCCUCUUGCCCGGGCUGGGUGUGUUACGCGGAGAAAACGCACGGGAACUUCAUACUGCCUUACGUUGCAACUACCCGUUCGCCCCAACAAAUAAUGGGGGUGCUGGUGAAGCAGUUCCUGGCCGAGAAGCUUAAUAUUCCUGGAUCGCGCAUCUACCAUGUGACCGUGAUGCCCUGUUACGACAAGAAGCUUGAGGCCUCCCGAGAGGACUUCUUUAACGAAAAGAACAACUCACGGGACGUGGACUGUGUAAUCACAGCAGUCGAGGUGGAACAGAUGCUGACCGAGGAAGAGCGCACUCUGUCGCAAUACGAUCUCGAUAAUAUGGACUGGCCCUGGUCUGAUAUAAGGCCAGACUCCAUGGUGUGGGCCCACGAGACGACUUUGUCUGGCGGUUAUGCAGAACACAUAUUCAAGUUCGUUGCUCAUCAGCUUUUUAAUGAGACAACGCCAAAAGAGUUAGAAUUCAAACAGCUCAAAAAUCGCGACUUUCGGGAGAUUAUUCUUGAAAAGAAUGGCGAGGCCGUCUUAAAGUUUGCUAUUGUCAAUGGCUUUCGGAACAUACAAAACGUAGUACAGAAAUUGAAGCGGGGAAAAGGGGCGAACUACCAUUUUGUGGAGGUCAUGGCGUGUCCCUCAGGCUGCAUAAAUGGUGGUGCACAGGUGCGCCCCACCACCGGGCAACACGUCCGCGAGCUAACAAAGCAAUUGGAGAAUUUGUACGAGAAGCUUCCGCGGUCCCAACCCGAAAACGCCUUAACAAAACACAUAUAUAGAGAGUUUUUAGACGGCUUUCACACUGAAAAAUGUUAUGAGCUGCUUCACACCAGUUACCAUGCUGUGGAGAAGCUUAAUACGGCGUUAAAUAUUAAGUGGUGAAUGUUUUGUGUGGCUUUUUUUUUUUUAAGAAAGUUAUAGUAAAGGCAAAUAAAAUUAAUGCGCAUGACCCACCAACUGGCGAGCACAUGCGGCUGGAAGCGGCAACCA